UGGCGCGAUCCUAUAUUCUGUCGUUUCGUAGUUAAAAUCUUCGAGUCAGUGUGGGUGUUAAUUACUUACUAAUCGUUAUUGUUUAUGUUGGAUUUUGUUGGUUCGAAAUAGAAUGACUUAUACAAAGACUAAACAAACAAUUACGGCGAUUAUUACUACGAUAAUUCUUUUGCUGGUGAUUGCAGAGGCUCAUCCUAGGCCUGGCAGCGAAUGGGACAGGCACAACAACCCUUGUGUAUAUGAUGAUCUCAAAGUUGAAAUUUGUCAACGUUGUGCCAAACAAACGAAAUCGCCGAUAGUUUAUCCGAUGUGCUGUAAUAGCGAAGACAAUGUGUACGAAUGGUGUGACAAAUAUAUUCAUUUUGGCAGGAAGCCUUGAUUUAUUCGAUGUGAUAAAUAAUGUCUAAAGAACCAAAGAUUUUUAUUUUUUUUUGAAAUGAUGUGAUUUAAUAUGUGUGAAUGCCGUUGCAAUGCAAUCAAGCUGUUAGUGAUAUAGGUUUUUAACUUAUUUUUGUACUUGUGUUUUUUUUUAAUAAAAAAUUGUUAAACAAAAAUGAAAUGAGC